AUGCCUGUGUACGAUCCCUCGCCCGAUGUCUGGACCAUCAAGUUCAAGAACGCCCGUACAACCGUCGUUCUCUACGUCUACCAACUUCAAACCCUCUCGAGCAUCAAAGUAGAGCUUCUACACGCCCUCAAGACCGCAAACCCUUCAGGCCAACUUAACGGCGCAACACUACCCGACUCUCCAGACGACAUUGAACUCGCCAGACCCCGCGACCUUUCGAAUCCUGGUACUUCAGGAUGGCAAAGCAUUGAGGCAGAUGCUCCAGUAGAAGACUUUGACGCCGAUCUGUUUGGUAGUGGAGAUGUGACGCCCAAAGCCAAAGGAAAGGGCAAGGGAAAGGCAAAGAGUGCAGGCCACAAGGACAGCCCUCUGGGUGUUGGAUUAAAGGACAAUGCUAUUGUCGCUUUCAGAUUCAAGGGUCAGAAGACUGUUUCUAGGCCUGUUGGUGAUGAUGUUGACGAAGGUCUGGGUCUGGAUCUGGAAGAUGAGCUUGCGCCCGACGCUGAUGGCUGGAAUGUUGAGUUGCCCAAGUUUGAGGAUGUCUAUGGCUUGAACGACUUGGUGCCUGAUGAUCAGCUUACUACACCCAAGGCUGACAAGUUUACUUGGGCUGCUUGA